AUGGCAUCCGCAAGAAUGGAGAACCUUGGCCCUGUUGUCAUGGGACUGAACAAGCAGAACGGGCAGCUUAGGGGGGCGCCUAAACCGGCCUCUCCCCAAUCAGGACCCCUCGUCCUGGGCUCUCUUUCAGGCAAGGCCAUAGGUGCACCCCAGAAAGCAGGUGCUGCCCUGGAGGGAACUGGCAUUAGGUACACAUUUCUCUUACACCCCUGUUUCACCCAGUGACUAAAACAAUUGUGUGCUGCUCGUAUAGUAUAUUUUACUUUCAUACCAUGUUUUAGAAGUGAUAACCCUGUAGAUUUUGUUUUAGAAAUCAGCAGUGAGUGUGUGCAGGUGUUCUCUUAAUACCCUCUUAGAUGUAAGGUCUCCAUUUUAGGGGACCUGCAUGGUUCUGGUACCGGUUCCAACCAACAUUUUCGCUUAUAAAUUGAUCUGUGGAUACCAUUGAUCAAAAUGGCUUGCAUUGAGCGAUAGCCUUGGUUCCUACGGACACUGUUUUUUUUCUGAGCAUGUGUGAUGUAUAUACCUGCAAUCGUUACAUCGUAGCGCAGCAGGAGGGAGUGGUUUCAUCACGGUAGCACAUUCAGAGAUCGAUUCUAUAGACAUUCAUUUAAGAUAAUUCCGAUAUCAGAGCUUUGUGAGAUGUUCACAGCGAUGGGGGCAGACAUUUUGAUCAAGAGAGACCUUUAGAAAAUAUACACAUUUUCUCCACUAAACAUACAAAUAUGUAUUUUACAGUUAUAGGGAAGGUGAAAUCUUAUAGUUAGUAGUUUUAUAAUUUGAUUAUGCUAUAUUUAGAAAGCAUGUCAUUUCAAGCCUUAUUCAUACAGUUUUGUUGAAUAAGAAAUACAUCAUAUAAAAUAUUUCAUAUUUGUACCGUGUACUUGAGCUUAAAUCCUCAAAUGACUACACCUCAGCAAUUUAUAAAAAUGGUUUACCUGAAAGUUGAGAUUGUAACCUUUGAGUAUGCUGCAUUACUAGUUAUUGUUUAUAGCCCUUUCAUGAUAAAUAAUUACUUUUGGGGAUUACAUUUAGUUACAUAUAACUGGUUAAUUGCUCUCUUCUCUCAUUGGUGCCCUUCAUCAGGUUUGGAGAUGACUGGAAAAAGAGCCUACAGCUCCCUCCCAAAGACACCAGGGUCAGAACCUCUGUAAGUUAUGGUACAAUGCAGCAUGCUUUGUGUUUCACUAGCUCAGGAUUUUCCCAGUGUAAUUUUAAUCAAAUCUGUUACUUCUGAUGUCUAACCCCUUCCUUGCUAUGUCCCAGGAUGUAACGUCCACUAAGGGAAAUGAGUUUGAGGACUACUGUCUGAAACGGGAGCUCCUGAUGGGCAUCUUUGAGAUGGGCUGGGAGAAGCCCUCCCCUGUCCAGGUACGACACUCACUGGGAGCUUCUCUGCCCACAGAUCACCAUUGAAACUGGGGGAUUCCCUUGCUGUAAAUUGGCUCCUGAUUCUGAUGCCUAUAACCUAUAUAGCUACUUUAAUGUGAUGCGCCAGAACUUUUGUAUAAUUUCAGCCAAUAGAGCCAAAACAGAUCCCCGUUUUUUGUGUACUAUGUCAUCCAAUUGUGUACUACGUCAUCCAUUUCAUAUGAUAUGUUGCGUCUUGCAAAAAUGUGUAUUAAAUGUUUUGAAUCCAAUUCGUACAAUAUGUUACGAAUUUGUUGAACUUAAGAUCCUGUACUGCAUUUUUUAGUUCUGCAUACCUGAAGUCUUUGGACUUUUGUAGUUUGUCAUAGUGAUAAUGUUACACAUUUUGAUAAUAGCCAUGUUUUGUUUGUGAUGAUAAACUACGUUAAACCAGAGUUUGUCACUUUCAGGAGGAGAGCAUUCCCAUAGCCCUGUCAGGACGAGACAUCCUGGCCCGAGCCAAGAAUGGAACAGGGAAGAGUGGGGCCUACCUCAUCCCUAUGCUGGAGAGAAUAGACCUGAAGAAGGACUAUAUACAGGGUGAGACGAGGCGCUUCACAUGAUACAUACUUAUCUCUACUACUACUACUACUACUACUACUCAGGGCUCCAGACUAACAUUUUCCUCUGAUGGCACUGGUGCCUAGGGCUGUGGCGGUCACUAUUUUGUCAGACGGUUAUUGUAAUGUAAAAGACUACCGGUCUCACGGUAAUUGACUGUUAAUUAAUAUAAACACGUUUAGCAUCUCCUGGCCUCCAUGCAUACAAGCUGCUGAUGCGUGCCUUUAGAACAUUUACAUUUAAAAUGUAUUUCAGAAGAACAGAAUGAGUUGGCCUACUGUAUGUUAUCUGGCUAUGCGCCAUGCCAUAGGCCAGGGAUGGGCAACUGCGGCCCCCCUUUUGUAGGCCUGUGGACCAAUUUCACAGAAUUGCAUGAAAAGUAUUCUCUCUGCCCCAUGGCAAAAAUGUGUAGAAUUGCAACAAACUUGCUUUAAAACGGCAACAUUUUCUCUACACCCCAUGGGAAAAUGUGCAAAAUUGCAGGAAAUUAACUUUAUGUACGGAUGUGGGUACACAGACCCCCGAGCAACUGCGGCCCCUCAUGAGUUCCAUUUAUUUUGUGACCCUCACCCCAAUCAAAGUUGCCCAUUCCUGCAAUAGGCUUGUUCAUUAACCAGACAAGAUACAGUAUGCUUAUAAGUCCUGUGCCAUUUUUAUAUUAAAUGAUUUUAUAGUAAGAAGAAUAUAAUUGAACUUAGCUGAAUAAAAUGGAAAGGAUUUUUCCCAUUCAGGAGUUAUUUGGCAACUUUGAUAGUGAUUUUUGUGUGAUAGUUUAUAAAAUAUAUAGCCUAAUUGACAAGUGAACACUGAAUAUUUUAGCCUUUACAAAUAGAUAAACCUCUUAGUUAGCCAUCUCGUCCACCUUAGCAAUUUGAUCCCUGGUUCAUUUAAUAAGGGAAUUAUUUUAUAAAGACAUAAAGUAUUUGGUUGUAAAGUUGCAGGGUGACCAAUCAUCCUCCAGGAGAGCUACUGGGUGUGCAGGCCUUUGCUCCAGCCCUGCUCAAACACACCACAAUGUAAAAAAUGAGUUGCUCAACAGGACCUUGAUAAGCUGACAGGUGUGUUUGAGCAGGGUUGGAUCAAAAGACUGCACACCCAGUAGCUCUCCAGAUGAAGGGUUGACGGACCACAUGUGUUUUAUACAGUAGCCUAUCAAUGCAGUGACUUGAGCUUUCGGACAAGUAAAAAAUCAGGCCUACUUGUCCAAAGGACAAGUGGCUAAAAAAAUGAAUGUCUAGCCCUGUAUAUGCUAUUGAUGAUUUGAGAAAGUCGCCAAAAAAAGCUCUUCCUUGCCUCAGGCUGCAAACACUGUUCUCCAUGAAGUGAUUAUAUUUUCACCCAUCUGACUAUUUUCAAUUUAAUCUUGUCUUUCCUAAUAUGUAAAAUUGGUUUCGAUUUAGGAUGGCCCAUUAUCAAAUGGUCAGGGGGGAAAAAAUACAUGUCAUCCGUAUGCACUCGAAUAGCGAAUGGAGGCCGCUUUCCCGCCAGUUUGUUUUUCAAUCCUCCCGGGUAGGCUACUCCGGUUAUUUCAUUCCACGCAUCAACCACUGUUUGAGGAGCAUGCAGCCUCUCGCUGCGUGACAGGUGAUUAUUCCACCCAAAGUCUGUAUGCCGUGUGCUCUCCAACCCUGUUCCUGCAGCUACCCAGUGCUUAAUUUGGGAAAGUAAGUGAUAUCUGUUUGGGAACAUCGGUGGUAACAAGCUUUCACAUCGAAACAACAUAUUUCAUUAAACUGUUGUAAGUAAGCAUUUCACUGUAAUGUCUGCACCUGUUGUAUUCGGCGCAUGUGACCAAUAAAAUUUGAUUUGAUUUGAUUUGUUGACAGCCCCUCUCUCUGCACGUUCGAGAAAGGAAUUAAGGAGAGCGAGGAGAUGGAAAUGCACAGUGGUGAGAUUCUGUAGGUUAAGGUAAUGUCAGCCUAAAAUGCCUUAUUACUAGGCUAAUCAAAAUCAAAUACAAAUUCACUAUAAGUGUACGCUAACUCUGUAAGCCGCCCUGCACAAUCAAUGAACCAACAGCAUCGCCUAGCCCUAUACAUUCUCUCCUAGACUCAUGGAUAGAAAGUUUAGAGCGUAGCAUAUCUAACCAGUCCAUCCAGUAUGCAUAAUAAUACAGUCCUCACUCAAAAGGAGAUUACUAGAAUUUGUUUAAUUUUGGAUUAUAGGCUAGACCAAUUAUGUACCAAAGACAUCUUAAAUCUGUAUAUAUUUUUUAAUGCAUAAUAUGCGGUAGGCUAUGUAUUGUAUAACGGCAAUCAUUAUUUUAAAUUAGGUUUUUUUCGGGCUUGGGCUAAUAUAUAGGCCUAUGCGUAUCGGUGUUUUGAAUUACAUUUACAUUUUAGUCAUUUAGCAGACGCUCUUAUCCAGAUCGACUUACAGUUAGUGCAUACAUUAUUUUAUUGAAAAAAAUAUAUAUGUCUUUUUAUUUUCAUACCCCCCGUGGGAAUCGAACCCACAACCCUGGCGUUGCAAAAUUUUCCCCCCGCAAAAUCUCUGCACUAAUUUGAGAUAAUUUCCACACUAUCACGUAGGGCUGCACUAUGUGGGCAAACAAUCUAGGCCUUAUUUUUAAAAGAAUGAUGCAAUUGCGAUUUCACUUGUGAUAAGAGCAAAACACUUGUGUGAACUGUUGGAAUCAUGGAAAUAGCAGGAUUAUUCUAAUUCCAUAGUUAGAAUAUAAUAGUGGGCACUUUGAAUACAGUGUUUGACGUGACAAUGAUUGAAAAUGCCAGGGGGGAGUUAUUGUGACAGGGUAGGAACCAAAGUGUCUGUGUUUCCUAGGCGAUGUUAUAAUCUUUGGGUACAUUGAAUGUUUUCUCUUAGCUACUUCAUGUAGCUGACAUAUUCUUGCGUCAUGUAUUCCUCUUUGAUUUAAAAGAUACUGUUGCACAAACAACAUGCUGAUUUAGGUCUACACCAUCACUGGUAUUAUCAGGCUGUAUAGCUAAAUACAAUUGCUCUGACUCAGUACAUUUAUUAGCUAGCUAGCGAUUUCACAUUAGCGGCUAAUAAGAUUUAGGCCCAACUUGCUAAGAAAAUACUAACUGUUUGCAGAUGUAAUAAACACACACUAAUAGUGUAAUUAUAGAACGCUAAAGGAUUUACAUUAAGAAGCAAAGUGAAAACGGCAUUGUUGUCAUCAACAUUGUUGCAGACUGAAAGCAAGUGUCUCGUGGUCGAGGAACAACAAAUGUGCUCUUUGAGUGAUGGGGCGGGGCUAAGUCUGUGUGGAAAGCGGCAUGGAGAGCGAGCGCGGAGAGGGAUGACUCAAGUAGCGAAGUAAACUAUAAAAAUGGAUGUUACACACGGCGUGUCAUUUAACAAACCAAACAUGCAAAUACCGUUAUAGAAGGUAAAGUAAAAACCCAAACCGGUCCGUGCAUCAAUACUGGUAUAUCGUAAAAUACGGUAUACCGCCCAGCCCUACUGUACCCCUCUUCGUACAUUCUCUCCCUAUCUGUCAAACCUCAUCGACUUGCACUUUUCAUAUCUAUACCUCUUACACUUACCCAUAUCCACCUCUUCCUCUCUCCCAAGCCAUUGUGAUGGUGCCCACUCGUGAGCUGGCCCUGCAGGUGAGCCAGAUCAGUAUCCAGAUCAGCAAGCACCUGGGUGGAGUGAAAGUAAUGGCCACCACGGGCGGCACCAACCUGCGAGAUGACAUCAUGCGCCUGGACGAGACUGGUAAUGACCCAACAGCAUCACAUUGUCACUUCAUACCAAGAGUGGUAUCUUGCGACGUAUAAAUGCACAAUAUACAGUGGGGUCCGAAAUUGACACCCUUGAUAAAGUUGAGCAAAAAUGACUGUAUUGAGCCUAUAUUGUGUGCUCCAAUCUUUAUUUGAUUUUUUUCUAAAAUGUUUUACGAGUUGGAGAACACAUUGGGAGGGAUCUUAGACCAAUCCUCCAUACAGAAUCCUUCAAGAUCCUUUAUCAUUCAUCUGUGCUUAUGGACUGCCUCUUCAAUUCAAACCACAGGUUUUUUAGUUUCAAAUCCGGAGACUUGAGAUGGCCAUUGCAAAAUGUUAACUUUGUGGCCAAAAUACAAUUUCUUUGUGGAUUUUGAUGUGUGCUUGGGGUUAUUGUCUUGCUGGAAGAUUGACUUGCGAUCAAGUGUCAGCCUCCUAGCGGAGGCAACCAGGUUUUUGGCUAAAAUGUUCUGGUACUGGGUAAAGUUUAUGAUGCUGUUGACCUUAACAAGGGCCCCAGGACCAGUGGAAGCAAUAUAGCCCCAUAACAUCAAAGAUCCACCACAAUAUUGUACAUACAGUACCAGUCAAAAGUUUGGAGACGCCUACUCAUUCCAGGGUCUUAUUUUUUAAAACUAUUUUCUACAUUGUAGAAUAAUAGUGAAGACAUCAAAACUAUGAAUUUACACAUGGAAUCAUGUAGUAACCAAAAAAGUGUUAAACAAAUCAAAAUGUAUUUGAGAUUCUUCAAAACAGCCACUCUGCCAUGAUGACAGCUUUGCACACUCUUGGCAUUCUCUCAACCAGCUUCAUGAGGAAGUCACAUUUUUACAUUUUAGUAAUUUAGCAGACGCUCUUAUCCAGAGCGACUUAGUAAGUGAGUGCAUAAUUUUUUUUUGCAUACUGGCCCCCCGUGGGAAUCGAACCCACAACCCUGGCGUUGCAAACGCCAUGCUCUACCAACUGAGCUACACGGGACUAGUCACCUGGAAUGCAUUCCAAUUAACAGGUGUGCCUUGUUAAUUUGUGGAACUUCUUUCCUUCUUAAUGCGUUUGAGCCAAUCAGUUGUGUUGUGACAAGGUAGGGGUGGAAUACAGAAGAUAGCCCUAUUUGGUAAAAGACCAAGUCCAUAUUAUGGCAAGAACAGCUCAAAUAAGCAAAGCGAAACGACAGUCCAUCAUUACUUUAAGACGUGAAGGUCCGUCAACACGGAACAUUUCAAGAACUUUGAAAGUUUCUUCAAGUGCAGUCGCAAUAACCAGCAAGCGCUAUGAUGAAACUGGCUCUCAUGAGGACCACCACAGGAAAGGAAGACCCAGCGUUACCUCUGCUGCAGAGGAUACGUUCAUUAGAGUUAACUGCACCUCAGAUUGCAGCCCAAAUAAAUGCUUCAGAGUUCAAGUGACAGACACAUCUCAACAUCAACUGUUCAGAGGAGACUGCGUGAGUCAGGCCUUCAUGGUCGAAUUGCUGCAAAGAAACCACUACUAAAGGACACCAAUAAUAAGAAGAGACUUGCUUGGGCCAAGAAACACGAGCAAUGGACAUUAGACCGGUGGAAAUCUGUCCUUUGGUCUGAUGAGUCCAAAUUGGAGAUUUUUAGUUCCAACCGCCGUGUCUUUGUGAGACGCAGAGUAGGUGAACGGAUGAUCUCUGCAUGUGUUGAAAUGAGUGCAUGCGCAGAGAAGAAUCCCAUACAUACUGUAAAAUAUGGUGGUGGAUCUUUGUUAUGGGGCUAUUUUUCUUUCACUAGCAAAAACCUGGUUGCCUCUGCCAGGAGGCUGACACUUGAAUGUAAGUGGCUCUUCCAGCAAGACACUAACCCCAAGCACACAUAAAAAUUCACAAAGAAAUUGUCAUUUGGCCACAAAAUCAACAUUUUGCAAUGGCCAUCUCAGUCUCUGGACUUGAAACCAAUCUGUGGUUUGAAUUUAAGAGGGCAGUCCAUAAGCACAGACAAAGGAUAUCAAGGAUCUGGAAGGAUUCUGUAUGGAGGAAUGGUCUAAGAUUGCUCCCAAUGUGUUCUUGAACUUGUAAAACAUUUUACAAAAAGGCUCAGUGCCGUUAUCCUUGCAAGGUUAGGUAUUGAAAACAGGGGGUCAAUAAUUUUGACACCUACCUUUUUGAGAGACUAAAAUUACUUGUUAAUUACUAUUACUUGUUAAACAAUCUCUUUCUCUGAGCAAUUGUAUAAUUUCCCAAUUCGUUUUGAGCAUACAAAAUAGCACUGUAUUUGAAUAAUUUUAUACAAUCAUUUUUGCUAAUCUUUAUCAAGGAUGUCAAUAAUUUUGGACCCCACUGUACACUACAAACAAGUCACAAAACCUCAAAGCUGUACACAAAGGCACAUCUGUAAUGGUGGUGUUUCUGAUUCUCUCUCUCAGUGCAUGUGGUCAUAGCCACACCCGGCAGGAUCCUGGACUUGAUAAAGAAGGGCGUGGCCAAAGUGGAUAGAGUCCAGAUGAUGGUGAUGGAUGAGGUGAGUGUGUGAAUACGUGGUACCUGAGUCAAUCAACCACUCAAUAUACUAAGCUACUGUAGAUGACUCCAGAGAAUCAGUCCUUGAGCUAUUUUGUUACAAGCCACUCAUCAGGGCCUAUCAAAUCUGUUCUGGUUUAUCAACCUACCAAAGAGGUUAAAGGGGAUAUAUGUAAUGUGUUCCCCUGCAACCAGCGCCAAAUGUCAAUUACAUACCAGUAGUAGAAAAUGCAUAGAAAUCCACGAGAGUAAAACAUACUUUUUAGAACGCUGCUAAUGCUCCUCUUAAUAAUAAUGUAAUCUGUUCCUCUCAGGCAGACAAGCUGCUGUCUCAGGACUUUGUGGUGCUCAUCGAGGAUAUCAUCAGCUACCUGGCCAAGGGCCGUCAGAUCCUGCUGUACUCUGCCACCUUCCCCAUCAGCGUGCAGAAGUUCAUGGUGAGUAGUGCUACAUGGCCCUGAGUCUCACCAACAGGCCAAUCUGUUUUGCUCUUCCAUAAAGAGACGAUAUACAGUGCAUUCGGAAAGUAUUCAGAACCCUUGACUUAUUCCACAUUUUGUUAUGGUACAGCCUUAUUCUAAAAUGGAUUAAAUAUAUAUAUAUAUAUAUAUAUAUAUAUAUAUAUAUAUAUAUAUAUAUAUCAUCAAUUUACACACAAUACUCCAUAAUGACAAAGCAAAAACAGGUUUUUAGAAUUUUUUGCAAAUGUAUUACAAAUAAAAAAAAACGAUACCUUAUUUACAUAAGUAUUUAGACCCUUUGCUAUGGGACUUGAAAUUGACCUCAGGUGCAUCCUGUUUCCAUUGAUCAUCCUUGAGAUGUUUCUACAACUUGAUUGGAGUCCACCUAUGGUAAAUUCAAUUGAAUGGACAUGAUUUGGAAAGGCACACACCUGUCUACACAGUUGACAGUGCAUGUCAGAGCAAAAACCAAGCCAUGAGGUCGAAGGAAUUGUCCAUAGAGCGCUGAGACAGGAUUGUCGAGGCACAGAGCUGGGGAAGGGUCCUAAAAAAUGUCUGCAGCAUUGAAGGUCCCCAAGAACACAGUGGCCUACAUCAUUUUUAAAUGGAAGAAGUUUGUAACCACCAACUCUUCCUAGAGCUGGCUGCCCGGCUGAACUGAGCAAUCGGGGGGAGAAGGACCUUGGUCAGGGAGUUGACUAAGAACCCGAUGGUCACUCUGACAGAGCUCCAGAGUUCCUCUGUGGAGAUGGGAUAACCUUCCAGAAGGACAACCAUCUCUGCAGCACUCCACCAAUCAGGCAUUUUAUGGUAGAGUGGCCAGAUGGAAGCUACUCCUCAGUAAAAGGUACAUGACAGCCCGCUUGGAGUUUUCCAAAAGGCACCUAAAGGACUCUCAGACCAUGAGAAACAAGAUUCUCUGGUCUGAUGAAACCAAGAUUGAACUCUUUGGCCUGAAUGCCAAGUGUCACAUCUGGAGGAAACCUGGCAUCAUCCCUACAGUGAAGCAUGGUGGUGGCAGCAUCAUGCUGUGGGGGUGUUUUUCAGCGGCAGGGACUGGGAGACUAGUCAGGAUCGAGUGAAAGCUGAACAGAGCAAAGUACAGAGAUCUUUGAUGAAAACCUGCUCCAGAGCGGUCAGGACCUCAGACUGGGGCGAAGGUUCACCUUCCAACAGGACAAAGACCCUAAGCACACAGCCAAGACAAUGCAGGAGUGGCUUCGGGACAAGUCUCUGAAUGUGAUUGAGUGGCCCAGCCAGAGCCCGGACUUGAACCCGAUCGAACAUCUCUGGAGAGACCUGAAAAUAGCUGUGCAGCGAUGCUCCCCAUACAACUUGACAGAACUUGAGAGGAUCUGCAGAGAAGAAUGGGAGAAACUCCCCAAAUACAGGUGUGCCAAGCUUGUAGCGUUAAACCCAAGAAGACUCGAGGCUGUAAUUGCUGCCAAAGGCGCUUCAACAAAGUACUGAGUAAAGGGUCUGAAUACUUAUGUAAAUGUGAUAUUUCAGUUUAAUUUUUUUAUACAUUUCCAAAAGUAAAAAAAAAAAAAAAGUUUUUCCUUUGUCGUUAUGGGGUGUUGUGUGUAGAUUGAGAGAAGAUAAAUAAUUUAUUCCAUUUCAGAAUAAGGCUGUACCAUAUCAAAAUCAAGGUUGUGGGGUCUGAAUACCUUCCGAAUGCACUGCAUUUCAUUGUCCAUUUACAUGGAAAUUAAUUUGCGACGUCAGCAUACAGACACAAUAUAUUACAUGCAGUACGGAAAACUGGAAAGUUAGUACACAAGUCACACAUUUACAUUUUAACAUAUUCAAGGUCUGUAUGGCCUACUGUCCGACCGUGUAUUGGGCCUGCAUCUGUCCAUGUUCAGCAUCCGGAUAGCUGAUGGAGUGAAACUUGCCUUGCUCUUAUUCUUUCUGAAAAGUGGUACCCUUGAUCUCCUUUCAGAGGGCAGCAGCUCAAAACAUUGGGCAAGAUUGUGUGUGGCGUCGUCUGAUGUGCUUUGCCUUGCCCGUUGAUCAUAGAGGCCCUGAAGCCCCUUGCACUGCAGCCCGCAGAGCUUGGACCCCAUGUUCAGUCUGACUGAUCAUACCCGUAUUAGCCACUACCAGCCCAGGAAGCAAAGUCGGCACACUCUAUAAAUGGCAGGUGUAGUUGGAGAGUAUCCUGGUGUUGACAUUCAGUUGUCUGAGUCUGCGCAGGAGGUAUUGUCGUUGUUGGCAUUUUUUAUUGAUGUUCUGAGUGUUUGCAUUAAGAGUGUGCUGUCCAUGAUGGUUCCCAGGUACUUAACUCCCCACUCUACCUCGUCACCACCCAGGACGAGGUGGCUCAUUGGGUCUGCCUUACGGAAAUCAAUGAGAAGUUAUUUUGUUUUGAGUGUGAGGUAGUUAUUGCACCAGUCAUGAACCCUGUUUACUUCUGUUUGGAAAUGCAGCGUGUCAUCUGAGAGGUCGACAAACGCUGUGUCAUCUGCAUAUUACACUGCCAAGCAGUCGCUGUCGGAGCCUCUUAGAUCAUUGAUGUAUAUGUGUACACAGAUGAAGGGAUGUUGUUGUUGAACUUGACAUACUGCCACCUGUUCAGCAGGAUGUCCAGCAGCCACAAGGUAAUGCUGGUGUCCAUCUGUAGGUUGUAACAUAGGUGAGGCUGCAUCCGUGAAAAAGAUGCACACAUAAGUGAGGCCUCUCCAGGUGUCAUGCACUAUGCAACACCGCCAGGGCUGCAUCCUCCACUGAUGUUCUUCCUGUAUGCAAACCUUCUUAAAAUAAUUAUAUAUAGCUUAGUAGAACCCCACCCCCUCUCCCAGCUUAGACUCUUAUGGGGUUUAAAGAGAGCGCAGAAGAUGUCUGCCAGCUCAUCUGAGCAUUCCUUCAUUAGCUGUCUCUUGAUUUUGUCUGGUCCUUGCGCUUUGUUGGAUUUGACUCUCUUGAAGACCCGUCUCACCUCCUCAAUGGUUUGCUCCAUCCAAGGCCUGGAGCUCCAGUUGUUCCCUCAGGCUUUCUGUUACAGUGGAGAAGUCGUCAUUAUCAAAGUGUUGUUCAUUGACAAACUGUUCCUUGUCCUUUGUUUUUCCCUUGGGUUUUCUUCUUGGCUUGCCCGGUUGGGGUUUGCAAGGCCCUGCCUGCCUGAGAUUCCCUGUGUGGAACAUGGUUUCUUUUUGUAGUUGUCCUUAGCUUGGGCUAUUUGUUGUUUUACUGUCCUCUGCAGGGUUUUCACUUCUUGGUUGCCAGCAGAAAAGUCUGUUGUCUUAAGUUGCUACAAGGGUCUAGCCGUGUGUAUGCAGGCGCCCACGCAGACACGUGUUAUCCUAGCAUUGAUUUACUCGGGCACUUCCAUAACCCUCUCCUCUCCCUUUUUUCUCUGUCCCCCUUUCUUUCCUCCCCCACUCCCUGUCCUCCCUCUCUCCUUCACAAGGCCAAGCACCUGCAGAAGCCCUAUGAAAUCAACCUGAUGGAGGAGCUGACUCUGAAGGGCAUCACCCAGUACUACGCCUACGUCACUGAGAGACAAAAAGUCCACUGUCUCAACACACUGUUCUCCAGGGUAAGCCUUGGCACUAUCAAACACACACUACGUGUGAAUGUACAUGUAGUCUGGUAUGUGGGCACAGAUUAGUGUACCAUAAAGCCUUUACAGGCAGCCUUUAUUACCAUUUGUCUAACUCAUUACUACAGUCUUUUAAGGCUGUGGCUGCAGAUCUGACUUUUCCCUGACCUUUUUUUCCCCGGACUAAAGGUCCUGAACAGGGUUGGAAAUUAACACCUGCCAAAUGCGGGUAUAUUUUCUCUAAUUGGCGGGUAAGAAUGUCUAUUUCACCAGCUAUGUUGGCGGGUGGUCACACAGAGCAUUUGGGAAUAUACCGUACCAGUCAAAAGUUUGGACACCUUUACUAUUUUGUACAUUGUAGAAUAAUAGUGAAGACAUAAACUAUGAAAUAACACAUGGAAUCAUGUAGUAAGCAAAAAAGUGUUAAACAAAUCAAAAUAUAUUUUAGAUUCUUCAAAUAGCCACCCUUUGCCUUGAUGACAGCUUUGCACACUCUUGGCAUUCUCUCAACCAGCUUCACCUGGAAUGCUUUAUCAACAGUCUUGAAGGAGUUCCCACGUGCUGAGCACUUGUUGGCUGCUUUUCCUUUACUUUGCGGUCCAAAUCAUCUCAAUUGGGUUGAGGUUGGGUGAUUGUGGAGGCCAGGUCAUCUGAUGCAGCCACUCCAUCACUCUCCUUCUUGCCUGGAGGUGUGUUGGGUCAGAAAAUUGUCCUGUUGAAAAAGAAAAUUAUAUCCCAUCUGGUUUGCGCUUAGUGGGACUGGCGUAUCGCUGCAGAAUGCUGUGGUAGCCAUGCUGGUUAAGUGUGCCUUGAAUUCUAAAUAAAUCACUGUCAGUGUCACCAGCAAAGCACUUCCACAUCAUCACACCACCUCCUCCAUGCUUCACGGUGGGAACCACACAUGCGGAUAUCAUCCGUUCACCUACUCUGCGUCCCUCAAAGACACUGCGGUUGGAACCAAAAAUCUCCAAUUUGGACUCCAGACCAAAGGACAGAUUUCCACCGGUCUAAUUUCCAUUGCUCAUGUUUCUUGGACCAAGCAAGUCUCUUCUUCUUAUUGGUGUCCUUUAGUAGUGGUUUCUUUGCAGCAAUUUGACCAUGAAGGGCUGAUUCACACAAUCUCCUCUGAACUGUUGAUGUUUUAUUUGUCACAUACACGUGUUUAGCAGAUGUUAUUGCGGGUGUAGCGAAAUGCUUGUGCUUCUAGCUCCGACAGCGCAGUAAUAUUUAACAAUUUCACAACAUAUACCCUAUACACACAAAUCUAGUAAGGAAUGGAAUUUAAGAAUAUAUACAUAUAUGGACAAGCAAUGACAGAGCGGCAUGGACUAAGAUGCAGUAGAAUAUUAUAGAAUACAGUAUAUACAUAUGAGAUGAGUAAUGCAAGGUAUGUAAACAUUAUUAAAGUGACUAGUGUUCCAUUUCUUCGUGGCCAGUGAUUUCAAUAGGCAGCAGCAGCCUCUAAUGUGCUAGUGAUGGCUAUUUAACAGUCUGAUGGCCUUGAGAUAGAAGCUGUUUUUCAUUCUCUCGGUCACAGCUUUGAUGCACCUGUACUGACAUCGCCUUCUGGAUGAUAGCAAGGUGAACAGGCAGUGGCUCGGGUGGUUGAUGUCGUUGAUCUUUUUGGCCUUCCUGUGACAUCGGGUGCUGUAGGUGUCCUGGAGGGCGGGUAGUUUGCCCCCGGUAAUGCGUUCGGCAGAUUACUUUUUUUAUGUGAUUUUUGUCCAUAAGGCCAAUGUUAUGUCUAUUUCAGGCAUAUAAUACUCCAAAUGGGCAAAAUGUCCACUUGUCUCACAUGAUCAUAGGAAGUUCCAAACCCAAAAGUGAGUGAACCAUGUCCAGAUGGCCUAUAUAAUGUCCAAAUGGUAUAUAUCAGUAUGUUAAGUUCCGAAUCAGCCUAGGUCUAUUUGUCAUGUUUGAUCAUAGGAAGUCAGAAUUUCUUGUUGGUGUUGAUUUCAGCCUGUCAAUUUGGUGAUGGUAAAUCCCUACUUAAAUAUAUUGCCAGUGCCAACAUUUGCAGUAUGAACCAUUUGAUCUCAAACCGUUUCAUGUGGGUAUACAUUUAGAUCAGGGGUCUCCAACAGGUCGAUCACCAGCUACCAGUAACUCGCAGCCCAUCUAUGAGUAGCUCGCCAAACAAUUCUGAAAGUACAUGCAUGACCAAAUCUCACAAGUAUCUUUCACCGCAAGCUCCCAGCUACUAUAUAAUUAAAUCAACAUUGACAUCCCACCUCUGGUUAGGUUUGGCUUUUUAAGCUAACACUAUAUCGGCCAAUUAAUUUCCAGCAGUAUUGCCCCGGUCUGUCUGUGGUGCGCGCAUUUGUCUAUCACGCCGUGUGUAGCCAGUUGAUGUGAUAAUUGUCUUGUGGGUUGACAGAAAUACUUCCCCCAAAACCUUCUCAAUUAAAUGUUAACUGCAGAGUAGGCUUACCUGGCAGAAGUAUAUCAUGAGUAAGUAUAUGAUUUGUAUCUAUUAUUUGUUAUUUGCCAACUUUGCCAUGAAAUGAGCAGCAGCAGUACAGAACCAUCGCUAGACCGGUACAUUAGAUGCCACAUUCCUCACUCACUAGAUGUGCAAAUUAAGGUCCAGAUGUGCAAUUAAAGGGGAAUUUCACUUAAAUCCAAAUGUUUAGUUUUCUUCCAGACCUAAAAACAUUUGUCUUCUAAUGUGAUUUCAGCAUUGGCAUGGACUCAGAACAUCCAAUUUAGUUGUUUCUCUAUUUUUGACUCUCAAAAUAACAAUUUAAUACCAGGAAAAAUAGAACAGAAUAUAAUUUGGGAGAAUAUAAAACAUAAGAUUUUAUAGGGCCCUCCCUUUUAGUUGUUUACUUACCAUUAUUUGACCAGGUAUAUUGGCAGAAAACAGUGCACUACUUUCUCUUGUACGCUAAGGACCUGGGGAAGACUUGUGGGGAAGCAUUGCAGGGGAGAAGAGAAGAAUGUGCAUAUUUAAUGGCUAGAAAUAAAGAGUAGCUCGCGACAUGUUUUAUUUUUUUAAAAGUAGCUCUCAUGCUAGAAAAGGUUGGAGAACCCUGAUUUAGAUAUUGAGUUAUACAGUGUUGUUUCAAAGUAGUCUACAGUGUUUUGAAUUAUGUACAGUGAGUGAAUUGUAUAGCAGACGGUGUAAACAAACUGUAGCCUACCUAUGUAUUUUGCUUAGUCAUGCGCUGAGAGAAAUGCAGUGGUGUUUUUGUCUUACCGUAACGUUAUACUAUGCUAUUAUAUUUGUUGCUGUUAUGUGGAAUACUAUUUUGUGAUCUUGCAGACAUUUGAUCUAACUUUAAUAAACAAGCACCAUUUGCCAGAGUAGCCUGUUCUCUACUAGCCUGGGAACCAGUCUCUUUAGCUAAUCCACUCUCAGUACUCCAUGUCAUGUGCCAAAGAGACUGGCCUUCCUGCCAUCUUCAAAUAUGAAUAUUCUAUCAUUAAUGAGCUUGGGGAGAACAGAGGGUUUCAUCCUGAUUGGAUCACUCUCACAUCCAUCCUCCAAUCACAACGAUUAUGUAAAUAUUGGAACUAUCACUUUUUUUUCUGCACAGAACAUGUUGGUAUCUGGUUGCUAAGCAACAGUUUUUGGAUUGCCCAGACGAAACCAGUCAAGUUACUAGCUCAUGACUAAAUACAAACUGCAAUUCCAACCACAAAACGUCUUAGUUUUGAUUUUAAGCCUCAAAAUACAAAAACUUGCUUAGCUAACAGCUAAAUGUUUGUUUUUGACAUUCUAUUUUUGAGGCUCAACAUUUUGUCAGGGAAAAUAUUACUCUUAAUUCCAACAACCAUAAAUCCAGCGCAUAUUGGAACGUUGAGAUUACCGAAAGGCCAGUCUCUUUGGCAAUGUCCGGGAAAAGUCGGAUCUUUUAAACCCUAUCAGAAAUGUUUACAUUCAUGUUAAACCAUUGCCUAAGACCUGCCAGAACCCUGUAUUUGUUUUUAAAGCUUUGAGAUGCUCAUUAUUAUGAAAAGCGCUAUAUAAAGUACAUCUUAUUAUUAUUAUUGUUUGUUAGAUUUAACAUUUCCUUUCUCAGUUGCAGAUCAAUCAGUCCAUCAUCUUCUGUAACUCCACCCAGAGAGUUGAGCUGCUGGCCAAGAAGAUCACCCAGCUGGGCUACUCCUGCUUCUACAUCCACGCCAAGAUGAUGCAGGUCAGCGAUUUAGAGUCACUCUUAUUGUCCUACAAGAGGAAAAUCUGCAGCCACUUGAAAGGAGGGGAAACAUUAUCAGGGGUUGGAACCAAAAUUAUUUUCCAAUCGUUUCGUUCUGAACAGAACCAUUUUUUUUUUUUUUCGUUUCACUGUUCCGACCAGCAAAAUAAAGUUCUGAAACUGUUUAAACCCCAAAAAAGUAACAGCUUAUAUCGUUCCUUUUUAAACCUCUGAAAUCUUUUUUUAUUUUUAUUCAUUCAAUUACUUCACCAAUCAGUGGAGAUGGAGCAGCUUGCUAUGGAGCGGGCAAGCUAUUUACAUGCAUUGGACAGAUGAGUGAAGGAUGCGACUGAAAUUUGCCAGGUGGGGAGAGAGAGUGUGGAGGAGGCUUUGCUCGGUGGGCAUCUUGUUAUGACAUGCAUCUGACUUAGGCCCACAGAAUUAUACCUACAGGGGAGCGGCUUCUAUGAAGGAACUUUGAAUGCCUUUGAAGUAACAAGCUUGUGUGUGCAGAGCGGCAAUAUAAUUCAAAUAAAAACGUCUUACCUUAUUGUAGUUAAAAAUCCAAUGUGAAACGUGAUCACUACAGUAUCCUUAACUAGCAUUGAAAAGGUUAAUCCAUUCUUCUCUAAUUAAAAAUCUCUCUUCCUAACUUCUGAAUCACGCUUGUAACGUCAGUAGGCUACUAGACUAUGCUUCUGAGGUGGAGAGGCAGGUUGCCUACACACACACACUGGCAAAGAUUUUCUGGUAGGCAGACACUGGAAUACGUUUGAGUGACAGAGUGAGGGCUUAGUUUUUUGUGGGACUGGGGAAAAAAUGCCCGGAAUGUAAAAAACGUUAUUAACCGGUUCCCAUGCUUUUAAAAUAACAGUUCUGUUCCGGGAACUGUUUAGAUCUCUUUCGUUAACGGUUCUGAUUCUGUUACUCUAAUAAUUUUAUGUUUUGUUCCCUGAACCGGUUCCUUCUCCUGAUUUUAUUAUUAUGGUCUACAAACCAUUCCAGAUUUAAUGAUGAACAGAUUCAUAUUUAUUGUCCUACAACAAAAAAACCUGACCAAAGAGGAGACAACCUUUUGGACAGAAAUAUAUGGGGAAUAUAUGAGAUUGUGCUAGUCAAUGUGUGGGAGCCAUGAGAAAAGAUGCAAUUCUGAGGUUGUGUUCAGUGCUCUCAUGCAGUGUUCUUUUAAUCCUCACAGGAGUACAGAAACCGUGUGUUCCACGACUUCAGAAAUGGACUCUGCAGAAAUCUUGUCUGCACCGGUACGUGUCCACAGGGCUCUAAAGUGCAACCAUUUUGGUCGCAUAUGCUCCUAAAUAUUUAGCUGUGCGACCUGGUAUAUUAAUUUGGGAGCACCAGUGCGGGCAGAAAAAAAAUCACCCAGAUAAUAAUUGUUGCAAUGAUUAGGCUUCGCUCCACCGUUGUCAGUGCCCUAGAGAAAAAAGUGACGCAUAUUCGUUAGCAUCAUGGUUGUACCCAGGCGCGUUAAUAUUAGAGACGGGUCAAUAAUAUACCAUGAUGAAUUUGAGUGAUUGGAAAUUACUUUAUAAACAUAAAGCUUUAGACCUACACCACAUAGUGCUACCUUAUUUUAUGAUUGAAUCCCCCUCUCCGCAAAUUAUGCUUUUGGUUUUGUCCGGUCCUCAGGUUUGUGAAGGGGAAAUAAGUUGAGCAAGGCUGGUAAGGUGAACAGAGAAAUGCACACCAUCUCCUCUUUCACUCUCUCUCCUCUCUUCUUAACAAACACUAAAAUAUGUGGGCUAACUUGGAACAAAUAAAAUGGUGCAGUCAAAUUUAACAUGGUCAAUUCAUAAGCAAGAAUUAUAUUGAAAAUGUACAUUUUUCAAAUGGAGAAAGUUUCUAUUGCGAUGUGACAAGAUGUGCAUCUCGCAUCCGAGUGCUCUUUCUCAAAUGAGUGAUAAUUGGUAACGGUCAUAUAAACCUUAACAUAUCUGGUUUCUAGUAUACAGAAUUAUUACAGAAUUAGACAUGGGCUGUUGCGCUGAACCUCAGGCAGUAGGCUGUUGAUGUGCCCUUGAGCAAGGCACUUAACCCUAAUUGCUCCUGUAAGUCGCUCUGAAUAAGAGCGUCUGCUAAAUGACUAAAAAUGUAAAUGUAGGCUUAAGCAACCCUGUUUCUCUCCCCAGUCAGAGGCAGCCUGCCUCAGACUCUGACCAGUAGCAGCAACCUAUCCUUUUUAUUUAGGUUAGAAAACUGAUUUGAAGAGGAAGCACUAAUCAUGUUUAGGCAACCUAAUAAUCACCCUUAGAAUACUUCCAGAACCAACUUCAUUUUUAAUUUCAAAUUGAGAAUCUAAAAUAGAUAUUGGCCCACCCUAGUCUUCAUUGAUAGGGAUGCAUGUGAAAUUGCACAGCGGUAAGCUGGUUUAUUUCUCCUUUAUUUGAAUUUGUAUUUCAAUAUGGAGGGGGAACCAGGGAGGAGUAAAAGGCUACAUUUAAAUUGUUAUUCUUAUACCAUAUUUGUGUGUAACAAUAGUAGCAGUUUAUUCAAUUUGGGGAGCAGAGUGAGCAUUGGGGGGGGUGUGCUACCAAUGGGCGACCCGACCAAAUUCAGAAAUGUGACUUUUAUUGAAAUGUCAUUGAAAGCAAAUCUAAGAAGCGGUCGAUCUGGUCUAUGUGCGCUAUUUAUAUGCUUCCCGUUAAGUUUUGUUUUUACUUUCGGUUUUGUACACCAACUGAAAAUACAAUAUUUUGGGUUAUUGAAAAUAUAUUUCACAGCUGUUUAGAUGGUACAAUGAUUCUCUACACUGCAUUGCUUGUUUUGUCACAAACUGAAAUUAGGUGAACUUAGGGCUGGGCGGUAUACAGUAUUUUACGAUAUACCGGUAUUGAUGAACGGACCGGUUUGGGUUUUUACGUUACCUUCUAUAACGGUAUUUGAAUGUUUGGUUUGUUAAAUGAUGCGCUGUGUGUAACGUCCAAUUUUAUAGUUUACUCCGCUAUUUGAGUCCUCUCUCUCUCCAUGCCGCUUUCCACACAGACCUAGCCCCGCCCGUCACUCAAGCGCAUUUGUUGUUUCUCGACCAUGAGACACUUGCGUUCAGUCUGCAUGGUCAAUGCAGCACAUGCAACAAUGUUGAUGACAACGAUGCUGUUUUCACUUUGCUUCUUAAUAUAAAUCCACUACCGUUCCAUAAUUACACUUAGUUUGUUUCUUACAUGGGCAAAUGGCUAGUUUGUCUUUUCUUAGCAAGUUGGGCCUAAAUCAUGUUAGCCGCUUAUGCUAAUCGCUAGUUAGCUGGCAGAGCAAACGUAACUAGCAAUACAGCCUGAUAAUACCAGUGAUGGUGUAGACCUAAAUCAGUAUGUUUGUGCAACAGUACCUGCUAAAUCAAAGAGGAAUACGCAAAGCAAUAACUCCACCUGGCAUUUUCAUUUGUUGUAAUGUCACACAAUAGUGUUCAAAGUUCCCACUAUUAUAUUCUAACUAUUUUACAUUUUAGUCAUUUUAGCAGAAGCUCUUAUCCAGAGCAAUUUACAGGAGCAAUUAGGGUUAAGUGCCUUGUUCAAGGGCACAUGGACAGAUUUUUCACCUAGUCGGGUCGGGGAUUCGAACCAGUAACCUUUCGGUUACUGGCCCAACGCUCUUAACCGCUAUGCUACCUGCCGCCCUAUAGAAUUAGAAUAAUCAUUAUAUUUCCAUGAUUUCAACAGUAAGGUGCUACAGAGGGUAGUGCAUACGGCCCAGUACAUCACUGGGGCCAAGCUUCCUGCCAUCCAGGAGAUAUAUAUACACACACACACAAGGCGGUGUCAGACGAAGGCUCAAAAAAUUCGCAGACUCCAGUCACCCAAGUCAUAGACUCUUCUCUCUGCUACCGCAUGGCAAGCGGUACCGGGGCGCCAAGUCUAGGUCCAAAAGUCUCCUUAACAGCUUCUUAACCCCAAGCCAUAAGACUGAACAAUUAAUCAAAUGGCCACCCGGGCUACCUACAUGUACAAAUUACCUUGACUAACCUGUACCCCUGCACAUUGACCCGGUACCACCUUUAUAUAGGCAAACUAUUUAGCAUUUUUGUAACAAAGAAAUGGCGGAGCCAUUUCUGCAUAUUGCACCUUUAAUUUAGAGCCCUGUGUGUCCAUAUGAAUUUUUUUCCUGUAUUUUUUGUUUGGUUAUAUCAGAUUUUACUUGGGUAUGUAGUACAGUUGAUUAAACUGUUUUAUGGUUUACUGUUUGAAACAGAUCUGUUCACCAGAGGUAUUGACAUCCAGGCUGUCAAUGUCGUCAUCAACUUCGACUUCCCCAAGAACGCCGAGACAUACCUGCAUCGCAUCGGAAGAUCAGGUAUGAAAACUGUUUUGUGUGGUAUAAUGUCAAUGCUUUUUAUAUUCUUGUAAUAUCUGAAUGCUUUGUUUUGAGAACCUGGCCACAUGUUCAUUCCAUCCCUCUGUGGUAUUGUCUCAGGGAGGUUUGGACACCUGGGCUUGGCCAUCAACCUGAUCACCUCUGAGGACCGCUUCAAUCUGAAGUCUAUCGAGGACCAGCUGGUCACCGACAUCAAGCCUAUCCCUGGCAGCAUUGACAAGAGCCUGUAUGUAGCAGAGUUCCACGCCGCCAACCCCGAUUGCGAGGAGGAGCUGAAGGAGACAGGCCGCCUACAGGGGGAGCCCUAG